CUUCCCUUACUUUGGUAGGUUAUAGUCGAACGUUACGUUAAAACCCACCGGUUACAUCCGCAACUGGCACCUGAUUUCUCAGUGAGGACAGGAGAGGAUUUUCCACGUGAGACAGCAUGGACGAGGAUUUUGAACGCCGCAGGGAGCUCCGGAGACAAAAGCGGGAAGAGAUGCAGAAAGAAGCAGAGAAGGUGAGCUACUCCAAAUUUGAUGAUGAUGAUGACGAAGAAGCUGCUCGAGAGCGAAGGCGGAGAGCUCGUCAGGAGCGGCUGCGGAACAUGGAGAAUGAGGAGAUGAGCAGCACUGCUACAGAUCUCAACAGCACAAACAGCACCCCGGCGACUAAUGACGAUGACCAAGCUCUCCUGGAGCGCCUUGCAAAGCGUGAGGAGCGUAGGCAGAGGAGAAUGAAGGAGGCCAUGGAGAGACAAAAGGAGUUCGAUCCCACCAUCACCGAUGGAGACGCAGCCAUCAGCGAGGACAGGCCGAGCCGCAGGAGUCCUCUCAGGGAUACGGAUGAGGAAUCAGGGAUCAGCUCUUGGAGAGAGAAAGAAGGGAAGAAAGAGGAGGCAAAGGUGCAGGUGCAGGUGACAGUCGGGGUGACAGAGGAGGCUGUGCAGAAGAAAGAGGAUGAGGAGGAGGAAGAAAAGCCGCAGACGUCCUAUCUCACAGAACAGGAAUCCAUUGAAGAAAAAAAUAAAGAAAUAGUAUCAAGAAGUGAGGAAGAGGUUGAAGAUCAAGCUAUCAGUACAAACAAAGUGACUGAGGAGAAAUCAGAGGCAGGUCUAGAGAGUGCAGGUUUAGAAAAAGAAGAGCUUAAAGAUAAAGGUUUGUUACCAAAGGAAGAGAGGCAGGCCGAGUCUGUGAAAGAGGAACAAACAGUAGAGGCAGCUUUUGAGGAAGAGUCUGUUAAAUCCAACGGAGAAAAGCCUGUGCAGGAAGAGUUGGAGGAACCGUCAAAGAAACCAACUGAAUCACUUGCUGCUCCAAAGAUACCAGUUCAAAGUGAACCUCUGGUGGGGAAGAAGGAGGUGGAGCAGGUGAAGAAAGAAGAAGAAAAACCUCCUAUGCCAGAGGUGAAAGCUGAAGAAAAACCAGAAAGGUCAAAGGAGGUAGAGGUUAAGGCUGAACUCCCAAAGACCAAAGCUGAGAAGAAACCUCCUGUAAAACCUGAAGUUCAGCAGAAGGCAGCAGCACCAAAGAAGAUCGAAGACAAACCAAUCAUUUCAAAGAAGGAGGCUGAAGCGAAAACAGUUUCAAAAAAGGAAGUGGAGGAAAAACCAAAAUGGAAAAAAGAGGCGGAAGAAAAACCCAAAGUCAUGGAGGAGAAACCCAAACUAUCCUUUUUGCGUGAUAAAGAGCAGAAAGACCCAGUGAAGCAGCAGAAUGCAGAUGACACCUCUGCUAAAGUCAAGAUACCUGAGAAGCCAGUGGGCCGUGUUGGGCUCCGCACUCCAGAGGUGCAGAAGCAGGAUCCCAUGGUGAAGCAGGAGGCCGAACGGAAGCUGGUGGAGCUGAAGCGUCUGAGAAACCAGGCAGAGAGUGAAGAGUUUGAGAAGAUGAAGCAGAAACAGCAGAGCGCCGAGGUCGAACUCGAGGAGCUGAAGAAAAAGAGAGAGGAGAGGAAGAAGAUCCUGGAAGAAGAGGAGAAGCAGAAGAAACAGCAAUUGGAAGAGAAGAAGACCAAGGAGGAGCAAGAGAGGCAGAAGAUGAGGGAGGAGAUCGAGCGUAGGAGGGCCGAGGCAGCCGAGAAGAAGCGGCAGAAGGAAGAGUCCAGUGAGGAGAGCAAGGCACCGUUCAAGUGUAUGUCCCCAAAGGGAGCAUCCACCAAGAUAGGAGAGAAGGCUGAAUUUUUGAGCAGGUCAGCCCAAAAAACGACAUCGAAGGCGCCACACACUCCAAUUGUGUGUAAGAUAGGCAAUAGGCUAGAGCAGUACACCUCUGCAGUUCAGACUAAGGACGUGAAGUCACCCAAGUCUCCUGUGAAGGACCUGCCCGCAGUGGAGGGUGUCCGCAACAUUAAGAGCAUGUGGGAGAAGGGCAACGUGCAGAGUUCUGCAUCUCCAGGUCCUGCCACCCCUGCUACUGCUUCCAAGGAUACUGCUGGAAUAAACAUCGGUGCGGCAGGUCGAAUUAACAGCUGGAAAGCCAAGACUCCAGAGACAAAGACAGCAGAGACAAAGAUUCCAGAGGCGAAGCCCGCUGAGACAAAGCCCGCUGAGACGAAGCCUCUGGAGACAAAGGCCCCGGCAGGGAAGCCUACAGGAAGCAAACCUCUGGGUGACUUCUUCUCCUCCUUGGUAGCUCUCCUCAGCUCUGGCCUGGCCUGCUCUUUUGCUCUCUCUGUCUGCCGCUCCUCUCCCGUCUCUGGCCUGCCAAGGAAUCGAAGCCAGCGGACAUGUCUAAAACGCGCGGCAUGUGGGAAACCAAGGGAUCCACCCCUGCCAAGGUGUUUGCAGUCAAGGGCAGAUCAGUCACAAAUGGAACAAGGAAAUGAAUACUACUUCCCGCCCCUUCCGAACGAAGAUGAGGUUGCUGCACACGCCACAGAUUUUUUUUUUUAUACUAAAAUGUUCUUCAGUUAUGUAUAAAAUCAGAUACAUUGUGAUUGAAUUCAAUUAUCAGAAACCCAUAGAACAGUACACUUACAACUUAUAUUUUUGUUUUCCUUUUCAAGUGUGCAAAGUAAUAACAUCAUAAUACCUGUAGUUUUUUUGUAGCCAUCCAACUGCACAACUCUGUUAAAGAAGAUGGUAAAAGAAGAUCAAACAGAGCUGUAAUAGUUGUUGUGUUAUUACCAUGUUAUUAACUAUGACCCAAUAAGCAAACUGACACCCAGGCUAUGGUUUCUCCUGGUUUGUGAAGUAGAAUGAAUUCCCCUGGACAAAUUUAAUUGGUUAACAAAAGAAAUGUAGGGAUGUAUCUUGUGUUUUAUGUAUUUUGACACAUCUGGAGUAUCAGUUCUAAUCACCAAUCUACAAAACACUAAAUAAUCUGCAAAGCACAGUAUUUUGCUUACUUUCUUACUAUUUCUUGACAGAACAUGCCUAAUUCAGGAAGUGACAUCAUAUCACAGGUUAUGACAUGCAUAUAAUACGCAGGUCCAAUUUUGUUCAUGUUAUGCUUUUUAAAGUCACGUAGUGUGCUAGCAUAUCACAUCAGAGCACAGAUUUCCUUGUGUCCGUUAUCAUAUGCAGUAUUAAAGCCAAAGCCUGUUUAAUUUUUUCUUAUAAGAGCGGCACAAGCUUUCUCUUUAUUAGGUUAAUGUUCUCGCUUUACCAAAUGCCGCAUACAUAUAAUACACUUAAAGUCAGCCUUUCAGACUCGCACAUGAUUGCAAUAAUACAAGCAAUAAUAAGCACAUUUUUGCACAACUAGACAUAUAAAGUCCACAAGUACUGCAAGUUAAGAUCUGGAAAAUUUCAGUGGUAUAAUGGCAUAAUUUGGGCCUUAUUGAACAAUUCUUAAUAUUAAAGAAAAAUCUGUUUUUGCAACAUCCUUGAGUAUACUGACUGAAUUAUCUACAAGUUGUAUAACAAUUAAAAUGGAUUUGAAAAUU